CAAUGAACCAAUGUUCGUGCUGAAUAUGCGCAUUACCCCGCUUCCAUUUCUGACAGCCGUGGCUCAUUUGGUCUGGUUGGGAAAAAGCCCAGUUCCAGAAGAGGGGAAUUCCGCGGCCAGGUAGGCUAUCUCUUCCACCACCUUAACGGUUACAAGUGACUGUUGGCGCUGCCUUGAUCUACUUUCUGGAUAAAUAUCUUUAUUGAGUGUUUCCAUUUCUAUCAUCCUUCUUGAUCUCUACUGUGCCCGUCGUUGAUCAUACUCCGAUAUGCCGGACUCAUUUAUCCAUAUCAAAGGGGCAACGGUGCUCUCUAUGGAGGCAUCUGGCAGAGAAGUCCUAGAUAAUUGCGAUAUUCUCAUAGAGGAUGAGUGGAUCAAGGCCGUUGGCCCUGACAUUUCUCCACCGACAGAAGGGAAGGUGGUCACCAUCAACGCAGAAAACUGCAUCAUUACUCCUGGGUUUGUCGACGGCCACCAUCACAUGUGGCAGCAUCUCCUACGGGGGAUCACCGUGGACUGGUCACUUUUCGGUUAUUGUUGUCAUCUGCGGACCGUUUAUGGGAGUUUGUACGAACCAGAUGAUGUUUACUUCGCUAACUAUGCGGCCGCCUUGAGCCUCCUAAACAACGGCGUCACAACUGUCCUUGACCACUCCCACAUAAUGAACUCCCCAGCACAUGCUGAUGCAGCCGUAAGGGGCCUCAAAGAUGCUGCUAUCCGAGGGACAUUUUGCUAUGGGUUCUACCAGAACCCCACAGUACCCGGGGAUCUCGCCAGUAUGGCAACGGGUCCAUUUGACAAAGCUGCUCGGAUUAAAGAUGCUCUCCGUGUACGCCAGGAACAUUUCCCAAACAAUGACCCGAAAGGUUCCCUCCUCACUUUUGGAAUUGCUUUGGAUGAGGCGCCGAUGCAGUCUCGAGAACAGAAUAUCGGGGGUUUGGAGAUGGCGAGGAAGCUGGGCGCUAGGAUUAGCACUGUGCAUACUUCGGUGAUAUCUCAUGGGGGACCAAAGGCUGAAGUCAUCGAGCAAUUUGCUGAUGCAAACUUGAUGGGACCGGACCUCGUGUUUAGUCACGGAGGUUGGAUGACCAAUGGAGAACUUGCUGCGGUGCAGAGUUCUGGAGCUGGUAUUGUCGCGACGCCCGACACGGAGCUGCAGAUGGGCAUGGGAUAUCCUGUGGUAUGGAAGGCGAGCGAUGUGGGCUGCCGGACGUGUCUUGGACUUGACAUUACGUCGAAUCAGGGGAAUGAUUUCAUGGCCCAGAUGAGGCUGGCACUCCAGACACAAAGAGCUUGUGAGUAUGCGCAUACGGUACACAGAGAGGUCGGCAGAAAAACAGCGGAUGUAUUACGCAUGGCGACCUUGGGGGGAGCGGAGGUUAUGCAGAUGGAGUCGCUGAUCGGUUCUAUCGUUCCCGGUAAAAAGGCUGACCUGGUGAUCUUCCGUUGUGACGAUAUUGACACGGUGCCUGUAACGGACGCUAUCGGGACUGUAGUCUUCCAUGCAUCAUCGAAGAAUAUCGCCACCGUCAUUGUUGAUGGAAAAAUUGUUAAACAGGACGGUCAUCUUGUCGGUGUCGAUUGGGAGUCUUUGCGCGGUGAGAUAAUAAGCAGAUCGCAACGGUUGAGGGACCAAGCAGCCAAGGUCGAUAUGGAAAAGCCGGAAUCGGAGUUCCGCUCCAUAUUCGAGAGGGCCAUGCAAGAAUGAGUCAAUGCCAUGAUGGUAGAAUCUUCAUUUUCCGAUCGGACUAGUACUUUGAUUUUGCUUUUAUUUCGCACCUCAUCGAAGCCAGUCAUGCAGAGAAUGUCGGUCUUGGCAACUUCCAGCACCAGUAUAUA